AAUCAACUUUUGGACAGACAUUGACAGAAAGCGAACGCUGGAAAUCUGUGCUUCAAUCUUUGUCAAAAUGUUGUCUGAAACCAAUGAGCGGCAAUCACUUUUGCCAUCCGAAACGUCAACAAUUCGAGCUGUCUCUGAUAGCGAAGAAAACCCUAACAACGUAAGCGCUGGUUAUGGUGCUGCAGAGAGCCAAGCGCCCCCAAAAGAGGGGAAACUUCACCAUAAGAAGUUCAAGGAGAUAUGGGCACUCUUGAUAGGGUUGGCAUUUGCUGUCUUUUGUUCAGCCUUGGGAGCUACGAUAGUAGCCAAUUUGACCAUCGAAAUUGGAUCUUACUUUCAUGCUGGUGCUUUGUCAUCAUGGCUUGGUACAGCGUAUCUCUUAGGUUUGACGGCUAUGACCCCUCUCUACGGUCGUCUCGCCCAAGUGAUGGGUAGAAAAGGAGUGAUGAUACUUGCUUUGACGUUCUUCCUUAAUGGCACCUUCCUCUGUGCGAUCGCACCUACGAUGUACUUUAUGUUGUUUGCCCGAGCAGUUGCUGGUGCAGGCUGUGGUGGGCUUUUGACUGUAACUGCUAUCAUCAUCUCCGACCUGGUUUCAUUAGCCGACAGAGGACUGUAUCAAGGUGGGAUAAACCUCCUUUUUGGUGCAGGUUCGGCAAGCGGUGCUGUACUCGGUGGCUAUGUAUACGACAGAUUUGGCUGGCGUGCCGCCUUUUGGGUCCAAGUACCCCCCGUUACCUUUACUUUCAUCAUGGUACUUUGGAAACUUGAUGUCGAAAGAGAGAAGGGUGAGGAUGACGGAGGAAAGACUGCCUGGGAAAAGUUUAAACAUAUCGAUUGGUUAGGAAGUUUUGUGCUCAUGGUUGGCAUCUCGUCUUUCUCGAUCUUUUCUUCUCUUCUCACAUCCUCAGACUAUUCCUUCCGCCACCCUCUGCCCCUCACACUCCUUAUCACUUCCUCCAUCGCCUUCCCUCUCUUCUUUUACAUCGAGAAACGUGCCCAUCAGCCCAUUUUGCCUUUGUCACUCCUCACAAGGGCUCAGCCAAGUAUCGUCCUUGCUGGUUUCAUGCUGACUACCGCUACCAACUUCUCCCGGUUAUAUAUGCAACCUGUCUAUUUACAUGUCACGAGGGGACUGAACGGGUCUGAGACAGGUUUGCUUCUCAUUCCCAGCUCCAUCGUCGGCUCCUUCUCUUCCCUCUACGCUGGUUGGCACAUGCGUUAUUACAAAGAAUAUAAAUGGUUCCAAGUUGUCAUGUCUCUCAUCCCAUGGCUUCAGGCCAUUUCUAUCAUGGUCGGCUGGGGACCUGAAACCAGCAUUCAUCGACUGUGGAGCGAAAUGGCUCUUGGUGCUCUGGGAGGUGGUGCAGCCAUCACGUCAUUGUUAAGUAAAUGAUACAUCAAACAGCCGUCCAUUAAAGAACCGUGUUAACUUCCUGACAGCUUCACUGAUCGCCUGCGUCGAACCUAACGAAAUCUCUCUCGCCAUUUCUGCAUGUUACCUCUCCCGAGCCGUUGGCCAAGUCGUCGGCGUCGCCAUCUCAUCUUCUAUCCAACAAACCAUCCUUCUCUCCUCCCUUACUCGUCGCUUCCCAUCCAACCCGUCUCUUAUCAAGCGACUCAUUCAAGAACCUGCGGCGGUUUUGCCCAUCUUGGGCGACGCUGAUGCUUGGCAAGCGAGACUGGCAUACCUGGAUAGUAUUAGAGCAGUGUUUGGAUCUGCAGUCCUUGGUGGGAUUGCUUUGACUGCCAUAUGUGUAGCUAUCAGGGGAAGAACUCUUUGAUGUGAAGAUAACGAGUACAGUCGAGGUGCAAUUCCAGCGCGAUGGCAUUUUGUAUAUCUCACAGAUAGAAAAAAAGGUUAAAAGGGUUAGAUGUUGUAGGGGCUAUUGGUUAAAUGGUUAGAAUCCUG